AUGAGGCAAAAUAUCGGUUAUCAAUUUUCGUCAAAGUCUGGAAAGAAAAUUGUCUUGAAGAAGAACGAUGGACCAAGAAAUCCCUGGGGUGGUGACAUUGAGGAGAUUACAUUUACGUCGAAAUACUUUGGAAAAACUUUGAAUGUUAAGAUUGGUGUGGAAGGAAGAUACGAGCCACCUCUUGAUCUUCCAUACGAACGAUCCAAAUCAGAGGAUUUUUUGAAGACAUAUACGGAGGAGGGAUCAGAUUUUUACUUCAAAGUCAUUCGCAGUUCUACGAAAGAAGUCCUCUUUGACACUUCUAUAGGAGGUCUAAUCUUCUCCGACCAGUUCAUACAAAUUGUUACGCGGCUUCCAUCAGAUGUCAUGUACGGAUGGGGCGAGAACAGUCAUCCAACACUGAAACAUAGAUUCGACCGUUACACUACCUGGGCUAUGUUUGCACGAGAUGAGUGGCCAUAUUCGGAGAAACUUGACACAAAGAAUCUUUACGGUGAGAAAUUACUUUAUAAAAAAGCCAAUUUUCAAAAGUAGUA